AUGCAGUCAGGCCUACUUCAAUUUACUUUCAAAUGGCCCAAGGGCCCUCAAUCUGUUGUCCUUACAGGUGCCUUCGAUGAGUGGAAGGGAAGCUUACCCAUGGUAAAGAACCCGAGCGGAGCAUUCGAGAUAACCCUGCCGGUGCAGUUUGACGAUCCUGGUGACAAGUUCUAUUUCAAGUUUAUUGUCGAUGGCCAGUGGUUAACCAAUAAAGACUACAGGGCCGACGGUAAUGUAGAAGGCAAGAAUAACUUCAUCACCAAGGAAGACAUAAUACAACAGUGCGGUAGCAAGACAGGAACGCUGGUACCUGAAAGUGCCGGGUUGGCGGUUUCGAAAAACACCACUCUUACUGAACAGGAGGGCGACAAAAAGCCUGCGAAGUUGAGAAAAUUCAAGAUUAAGAGAGUGAUCAAGACCAAUAAAGAAACGGGGGAGAGGUCGAUCUUUUCUCAGGAAGUCAUCGAAUUGCCCGACAGCGAAGACGAAGACGAAGAUGAAGACGAAGCGCAGCAGACGGUCAAGAAUGCCAAGAAUGCCAAGAAUGUAGAUGGCCUGAGUGGCACUACAACCAUAAUUGGAAACACCGAUGGCGGUGUAGAAGAGGAGAAAGCAGUCAAGCCAUAUGAAGAAAAGCACCCCAAUAUUGGCCUGGUUAAGAGUGAAGAAACCGCUACGGAUCACCUGGGUAAGACACAAUCUUCCGAUUCUAGACUAUAUGAGCUGUCCGCAGAAGAGCUUGAAGAAGAGGAAGAGGAAGAGGAAGAGGAAAAAGAAGUGGGUGACUCAAGUAGAACCGCUGGUACGGGCACGGAAACUCGAGAAGAAAAGCCCUUGAAUGAAACCACUAUAGCUGAGAACCCACAAGAGGCAAUUCCAGUAGGAACGGCAACAGUCGUCAAGGAGGCGCCUGGGAAAUUGACCAGCGAAUCUAAAGCUGAGACCCAAACUUUGGAAGGACAACAAAACCCACCAGCAAUUACUGCAAAAACAGUUGGAAUUAAGGGAACUACUAGAACUGCCAAACCUGGUGGCGCGAAGGGAGUACCACAUAAAGAGGCUCCGGGAAGUUCGGCUAAGAAAGGUGGAUUUUUCAAAAAGUUGGGCCAGCUUUUGAAGUAG